UGUGGAUGUCUUCAGCUUGACGUGCUAGCGAGGUUGCGCCACGCUGCUGGCUGCUGAUCAAACAGCUGGGAGUGUCAGAUCAAUGCCUGCUGUGGUGUGCCGUCUAUUGACACAGCCUCUAGGAUCACAGGCGGUUCUUUGCUUGCCCCGUGAAGACCGGAGGAUGACGCACGUUACACUGCUGCUGCUGCUCAUGCUGACCUUGAUGGUUGCAGACACGGGAGCUAAGGUCAAAGGGGGAGGUUCAAGGGGCGGGGGUGGCUCCUCUAACAGUGGCAGCUCUUCGGACGGCUCUUCUGGCACGGGUAGCGCCUUAGGUGGGAGGUACGGAACACGCUAUAGGUCAACAAGCAAGAACAGCGCAUGGACGUACAAAGCUCCCAGUUGGGUGCUGGUGCUAUUGACAUCAAGUGUAACAGUUUUGAUGUGCUGAAAGUUCAAAAUGGAAAAACGUGUCAUCUCUGCCAUCUUAAAUUAAAUCUUCUGCCUCUUUAACUUCAUAUCUGUAUUAACUGUAUUAAAAUAUUGACUAAAUUAA